UAUUUCUGCUUUUUUAUAGAUAGUCACCAAAGACGUUGACGGGAUCAAUGGGCUGAAGUUUGUCCGCAUAUGUCAACAUGCCCCAACCCGACCAGGAUGUCGGCAAUAUAUUGGCAUCUUCAGCCACUGGUACCACGCUGUUGAUCGCUGUCCAGGUGGCCUCAAAGCUGUUUACUUUCGUGUCAAACCAACUUAUCCUACGGAACCUGCACCCAGAGACUUUGGGCAUAGCGGCCCAGCUUGAGCUUUAUUCCAUCUCGAUCCUGUACUUUUCCCGAGAGUCAGUCAGAAUCGCCAUUCAACGACAACCUUUGCGAUGUGCAGGCCAUGCUGGGGCCGUUAGCGAGGAGGGCGGCGGACACACGCAAAUUGACAAAGCAAGCGAAGUCACGGAUGUCCAACUUGUCGCCUCUCAAUCAGUGGUCAAUAUGUCCUACCUGAGCCUCGGGCUGGGGAUUCCGCUAGCCGUGGUGUCUGCCCUUUCUUACAUACAAGUGGCUCCCCAGGACGUCUCUCGAGCGGAAUUUUAUCGCCUAAGCGUGCUUAUCACCACUCUAGCGUCUGUUAUAGAACUUUGCUCUGAGCCCUUUUUCGCAGUGGUACAGCAACAUAUGCUUUAUAAAAAGCGAGCGGUAGUCGAAAUGACUGCAUCUUUUGCAAAGAGUGCCGCAGUGUGCGGCUCCGUUGUAUGGGCUGCCCAAGCAGGCCGAAAUAUUGGCAUCCUCCCAUUUGCAUUAGGUCACCUCUGCUAUGCAAUCACACUCACCUGUGGCUACGCUGUAUCUCUACUAAGCUCUGCGACCCAAUGGUCGUUUUCAUUGCUACCGAAACUAAUAAACGCAAGGGACAACUCAUCCUACAUAGUCGGCAGAUUUCCCAGGCGACUGGUCUCAUUGUGUGCAGCCAUCUUUUUGCAAUCCGUCUUAAAACACCUACUGACACAGGGGGAUUCCAUGAUGUUGGCUGCGAUGGCAAGCCUCCAAGAUCAAGGUAUUUAUUCUUUGGCGUCCAAUUAUGGGGGCCUCAUAGCCCGUAUUGUGUUUCAACCAAUCGAAGAAAGCAGCCGAGCCCUCUUUUCAUCCCUGUUGAACUCCGGGAAGAGCAGGGAACGGAGCCCUAACACCCUAGGUACAGCCAGGGCACAUCUAAUCAACAUAUUGCGGGUAUACGGGCUUUUCUCCGCUUUAGUUGUGCCUUUGGGUCCGUACAUGGUGCCCCGAGCGCUCCACAUCCUAGGCGGACGCAAGUGGGCUUCUUCUGAAGUUAACAGUCUGCUAGCUCUUUAUUGCUACUACAUACCAUUUCUCGCAUUCAACGGUAUAAUGGAGGCGUUUGUCUCAUCCGCAGCGAGUGCUUCAGACUUGAGACGCCAAGCGCGCUGGAUGGGUAUCUUUUCGGCAUGCCUAGCCCUAGCGGCCUACUUGUUAUUGAUAAUUGGUGACUUGGGUGCUCGCGGCUUGGUAUGGGCCAAUAUCUUCAAUAUGGGGAUCCGGAUAACAUGGAGCCUCCUUUUCAUCCGAUCAUACCUAUGUCGCAAUGACCAUACUCUCUUAGCUCCAAAUGAAUUCAUCCCGAGGCCACUUACUCUGAUAUCGGUGAUCAUAGCAUCAGUUACGUUGGCCAGGCACGAGCAGUUUGAUACUGAUUUCCACAACAUUAUCAAGGAUCUGGCUAUUUGUACUGGUUAUACUCUCCUGGUCAUGUUCCUUGAGAGAAGAUUUCUUUUGGCGCAGAUCAGCCAAGGCCGGCAAAUGAUAAGAAGAAUUAAGUUCGGAGGAAAGACAGAAUGACGUUCGUUUCACUCUUCAAACACGAUCUUUGUGGCUGUUUUGCUGGAGUCGACAUCCUUGAAGAAGGCGCCAUAUGCGCCAUGUUGCUUCUUUUUGACAGUUGAACCGAAUUUGAGAAGAUCUUCUGGUACCUCUUGGUUUGCGGCCUUGAGAACGUUGAUCAACCUGAGGAGAUAUCAGCUGGAAAGGUAAUUGUAGAGGUUUCUAUACGUGGUCACAUACGCUCCUGAUUGAGCUUUAUCCGUUUCUGUAAAUAGGGUGAUAGCGUGACCCUCGGCUCCUGCACGGCCAGUUCUAAGGACGAAAGUCAGUCAGCUCAUCAGGUACAGUGGGAUUGAACAUACCGGCCAAUCCGAUGCACAUAAUCCUCCACAGUUAGUGGGAAUGUCACGUUAAUGACAAGUUUAACUGCGGGUAUGUCGAGACCACGAGCUGCCACAUCAGUCGCAACAAGAACCGUAGCAUUUCCAGUCUUGAAAGCAUCCAAGCUUCUGAAUCGUUCUUGCUGGUUCAUAUCACCAUGGAUACCCGCAACUCGGAAUCCUUUUGCGCGAAGCAGCCUUUCAAUACGCACCGCCUCCUUCUUGUAUAAGCAAAAUGCUAAAACCUUGUCCGGAUUCGGCCCGCGCUGACACGGGUUCAGUAACUGAACAAGUCGAGAUUCCUUGUCAAAUGGUUUUACCACUUCCACGACUUGUUUUAUGCGCGUGUUCGCGCGUGGAUCGGCCGACGGAUCCCCGCCGAUAGUAACGGUCACCGGUGUGUUCAUGAAAGUCGAUGCAAGAUCUCUCACGACAGGGGGCCAGGUUGCCGUGAACAUGACGGUCUGACGGCGGGAUGUGGGCAUAGGCUGGAUAAUGUCCUUGAUAUCCUGUUCAAACCCCUUGUCAAGCAUACGAUCGGCUUCGUCCAGAACAAGGUAUUUGACUUUCCCCAGGUCCACUGAUCCGUCAUUUUGAAGAUCCUUCAGUCUGCCGGGUGUCGCAACAACAACAGCCGCCCGUUUUAGGUUCUGGCGCUGCUCAUCCUUGUUCACGCCACCGUAAAUACAGGCCAAGCGGAUGUCAGUUGAUUUGGUGUAUUUCAAGAGCUGAUCGUAUAUCUGCAGGGCCAACUCUCGGGUAGGAGACAUGAUCACGGCCAAAGGACGAGCGGGUUUGAAUUUCGACUUGUUGACCAAGUCUUGCAUCUUUUUUAGACACGGGAGGCCGAAAGCAAGAGUUUUCCCACUCCCAGUUUCCGCAAUACCAAUGACAUCACGGCCGGCGAAGAGUAAUGGCCAGGUGGUUGACUGAAUGGCUGUUGGGGCGGUAAACGAACUCAGAGGGCUGUAGAGGUCACCAUCAUGAGGGGGAAGAUGAGAAAAUGACAAAAUUGGACGAGGCGACUCCUUCUCGGGCGUGGUAUCUGUUAUCUUGAUCGAAUUCUUCUCGAGAAAAUCAUCGAUCUCUGAUUGAGGUAUAUCAUCACUUGAGGGAACAUCCCGCUUGGGAUGCUCUUUCUUGUCGGAAUGCCCGUUGCUCUUUGAUUUUUUCUUUGCUCUAACCUGUGGGUUUUCUUCAUUCUGGUGAGUGCGUUUCGCCAUGUUUAUCCUUUUUGCGCACAAAGUUGGUCGUGGUGUCAAUUAGAUUAUCUGGAGCAGGAAAAGAAAGUAAGGUUUUCUUUUUUUUUUUUUUUUUUUCCUGCU